UUUGUUCACCUUAAAAAGCUUUUGGUGAGUCAGGGUCCUUUGGACUAGUUACCUAAUAGAUAUGGGUAAGCAUAACAAAAUGUUGUGAAGAUAGAACUAUAGAUUGUCUGGAUUUAAGUGUAAGUUUAUGCUCGUUUUCUCCAGAACAUCUAUACAUGACUAAGGAUAUACUGUAAGAAACUUUUACUGCUGGAGAAAAAUCUGAAAACUAGGGGUGCUAACGUGCAGAAACCACUGACAAAGGACAAGCAAGUCACAUGGUACAGGAAGGUGGCUCAGAACCAAGGUGCUGCUUUGAGCUUCUAAUACAACAGAGAAUCCAGAGACCAGCAGAGUAUAACCUUGAAACAAUGGAGCAUCUUCCACAGACAACAGGCAAAGGAGUCUUGAUGUUUGCUAAGAGACGUCAAAGGAUGGAUGAGCUUUCCACAGAACAAGAGGAAAUGAGACAAAAAGGCAAAGCAGUGGAUGCAGUUGUGAAAUGUGAAGCAGAAAUUGCAAAGCCUUCUCCACAAGAAGAACGUACACAAAUCCCACCAGAUGCCCAUUUUACCCAACAACAGCAGUAUCGAGAGCAACAAAUUUUGCAACACCCAGCAAACGGUUUGAAUGAUCCAGAUCUAUACCAAGGUUUGAAUGUCUCCAGACCCCUUGUUCCAAACAGAACCGCUAAGCCUUUCCUGGGUGGACAUAUUCAAGGCCAAAAGCAUUUUUCAACAGUCAGAAGUGUCUCCAGUCCAACAACUAGGAAAACUGAAAACAUUUUCAAAGUGCCUGUUCCAGUAAACACAACCCCACAACUUUGGUCACCCACAGUGGACAUAAUUGCUUCACGUGAUGAACGUAUAGCAAUACCUGCAAUCAGGACAGGGAUCCUGCCAGAAUCCAAAAGGAGAGGAGUAACCAAGUCAGAUUUGAAAGGAAAGCAGCAGUCUCAAACAAAAGGUCAAUUAAUAGAUUCGGUUCCAGAAGAAGAUUUUCUCAGUCUGGGUGCUGAAGCAUGCAAUUUCAUGCAAGCUCCAAAAAUCAAGCAAAGAAACCCUCCACCGGUCCUACCCAAACCUGUAAUUAACACCGCUCAUCCACCCUGGUCCGCAGAAGGUCGUGGCUCUCGCAGUGCCCUUUCAGCAUCAAACUCAAGACCAGCUUUUAUGGAUACCCAGGUCAAGAAAACAGCCCAGCCAAACCCACCACAGCCCAUGAGAAAAAGUUGGACCUCAUUGCCAUCUCAGCCAGUUGCCACAUCAAAAAAGACUUUGCCUUCAACCCAGAUACCAGCUGUGUUUCAAGCAACCAAGACUACGCCUGUAUCACUCCAUGCUGGUUCUUCUCAGUCUAAAAUGUCAUGGACUAAGUCACAAAAUGAAGCAAACUCUGUUUCUUCCUGCCCACCACAGUACAGGGGCACGUACGGUAAUGUACCUAAGGGUCCAUCAGCUUUUCCGAAAGGGUAUUCUGAUGCAGGUGCUUGCGAAGGGCUGAACCUCAAAGGAAAAGGUGCUGAACUGUUCGCUAGAAGGCAGACCCGAAUGGAAAAAUUUGUUGUGGAUGAUAAGACUGUGCAAGCUAACAAGGCCAGAUCUCCUUCGCCGCCACAUUCUAUGCCAAGCUUGUGGAAAUACUCAUCCAAUGUUCGUGCCCCUCCUCCAGCAUCCUACAAUCCGAUUUUGUCCCCUUUAUAUCCCCUUGCAGCAGUUAAACAGCCCCCAUCUGCAAUUAGUCAAAAAACUCACCCUAAAACAAUCAAGGAGAAAGCCAAACCACCAGCCAAGCAUCUUAAUACUCUAGAUGUCAUGAAACAUCAGCCGUACCAGCUAGAUUCCUCGCUGUUCAGCUACAACUCCAGUGCAGAGGCCACGGAAACUAGUUCCAGGUUGUGUGCUGUUUCCCCUAGCGGGAUUAAGCAAAAUUCUGCUCAAGCCCCCGUUGUUUUACAUGCCCAGUGUCCCUCUUUUGAGCCAUCUGCAAUGCUCGAAUCCUCCCCAAACAGUAUUGCUAAAAGUUCAAAGCCCGUUAAGCAAAUUCCAUCCAAAGCAAGUGUAAAGGUAAGUGUUCCAAACCCCUUUACUUAUCAGUCUUCAUCAAAUCAGGUCAUUACUGCACCCCUAGCUGUUAAUGAUGGUCCCAGUUACAAAGGACUCUCCAAAACCUCUCUGCCUCUGAGUAGCCCGGGGGUUCAUGUGUUUGUGAAGUCUCCUCUCCCUAAUAGUAAUGAAUUUUUUUCACGAUGUGCAUUGCCAUUGGCUCCGAGACCAAAGUUUUCAGCCAAAAAGUCAUACACUGGAGGAAAGCAAUGGAAAUCAGUCAUUUUACAACAUUAAUUGAUUAAAAAUGAUUAAAUAUUUUAAAAAUUGCACAAGAUAAGACAUAUCUUCAUGCAUUUUAACAGUUUCACUGUUUAUAAAUACAUCAAUUGAAUAAUAUACAUACAGUAAUUUGACCAGGAUUGUACCUAAAUAUUAAUACAAAGAUGCAGUAAUCUUCUUUUGAUACCCUGGCUGCAGAUACCUUCAAAAAUAUCUAAAAUGUGCAUCUUUUUAAUAUACAGUUUAGUGUCUGCUGUAAUUUUUUCUCUGAAAGACCUUCCAGGUCUUGUGUUUUUGGAUAGCCUGAAAGUUUUCAUUGCUUUCAUAGUUUUCAAGUGCAAUAGAACAAAUACAGACAUGUUCUGAAUUUUGCUGAAUAUUAAUGAAAUUCUUGAAUAAUGUCAAUGUGACAAGAAAAGCAUUUUCUUUAGUUUACUUUUUGUUUUUCGAUCUAAUUAUUUGUAUUGUUAUUUCAUUGUGAUUGAUUUCCAUGUUACAUAUUUAUUUUUUAAUAGAGAAAAAGCAUUGAUAAACCUUAUACUUUCUUCCCAUUCUUGUGUAAAGAAAUAAGAAGUGUCUACCUGAAAACAACAUAUUUAUGUGAAACACAUUCAUCGCAUUAUGUCAAGUGAGCCUGAACUGUAAACUUGACAUUCCAUUGUGUUGCCUAACCAAGCAAUGAAAUUAAUUGAAUAUGUGUUAUUUAAAGCACCAAAGCAAACCAUAUUAUUUUGAUGGGUUUUAGCCACAAAUGUUUAGGUCAACAUAGUAGAGCUCCACUUUUACAUGUUUUACCUUGCAAAUGAUUAAGCACUUUUUUAUUUCAUAGUUAUUAGAUAUUUCCAGAUUGUAUAAUGUGAAGGGUUUUACACUGCAUAGCAGACACUGCUACAUAUAACUCCUUGUUUCUUUCUCUUACUUACUUUUUAUGUUCUGUCAGUACUAUUGCACUCUUGGACUUUCCUUCAAUAAAUAUCACCUCAGCUCUGCC